GACACGGGACCCAGAACCAGAUGGUCCGGAGGAGACGCGCCAGCCCCCGCCGCAGCACCCGGAGCGGUGAAGCCCCGCCGCGCCGCCGGACCUGAUCCAGCCCCGCUGGGCAGCGCAGCCGGGGCCGUGUCCAGCGCCAGAGACUGAGGCAGGGUCUGGACACCCCCCACCCCCCCAUCCCGACGGCGGCAGCUCGAUCCUCUGCCGGGGGGGGCCCCCCUGCGUCGUUUUCUCCUCCCCGCAUCCCCCUUUGCUUUCAUGCAACGCCUGGUGGCCUGGGACGCAGCAUGCCUCCCCAUCCAGCCGCCCGCCUUUAAAUCCAUGGAAGUGGCUAAUUUCUAUUACGAGGCGGACUGUCUGGCUGCUCUCAACAAGCUGCACCCGCGGGCGGCCGGGGGCCGCUCCAUGACCGAGCUCACCGUAGGGGACCACGAGCGAGCCAUCGACUUCAGCCCCUACCUGGACCCCUUAGCAGCAUCCCAGCCGCCGGCGCAGCCGCCGCCUCCGGCAGCAGCAGCAGGGGGCAACUUUGAGCCUCCCUGCAGCAGCGGCGGCGGCCAAGAUUUCCUUUCCGAUCUCUUCGCCGAGGACUAUAAAGGCAGCGGCGGCAGCAAGAAGCCCGACUACACCUACAUCAGCCUCGCCCGGCACAGCCACCCCUGCGCCAGCCAGAGCCACAAACCGGGGGGGCUGCCGGGCUGCUUCCCGCCCCAGAUCGUGGAAACCAAAGUGGAGCCGGUCUUCGAGACCCUGGACUCUUGCAAAGGGCCCCGUAAGGAAGAAGGAGGCGCCGGGCCGGGACCGGGGGGCAUGUCCUCGCCCUACGGCAGCACCGUGCGCUCCUACCUGGGUUACCAGUCGGUGCCGAGCGGCAGCAGUGGGAACCUUUCCACCUCGUCCUCUUCCAGCCCCCCCGGAACCCCUAACCCCUCCGAAUCCUCCAAGUCAGCGGCCGGCAGCGGGGGCUACUCCGCCCCCGCGGCGGGCAAGAACAAGCCCAAGAAGUGCGUGGACAAGCACAGCGACGAAUACAAGCUCCGCCGGGAGAGGAACAACAUCGCGGUGCGCAAGAGCCGCGACAAAGCCAAAAUGCGCAACCUGGAGACGCAGCACAAAGUCUUGGAACUGACGGCCGAGAACGAGCGGCUGCAGAAGAAGGUGGAGCAGCUCUCCCGGGAGCUCAGCACCCUCAGGAACUUGUUCAAACAGCUGCCCGAGCCCCUGCUAACCUCCUCGCCUCGCUGCUGACCCCCGGCCGGGCCGCGGGGCGAGCGGAGCCGCCGGCUCGUUGCCCUGCUCAGCGCUCCCGGGCCGGGGCGAGGGGGAGCCCGGGGGCGGGUGGGUUGG